GCAAUUGCUCAGACACAGGGAGAAAGCAGCAGCUGACGAUUUUAAAGGUUUCACUUUCUAGAUCCUACCAGCUGACGCAUUCCUCUCACCUCCCCUUUAUAUCACUCACUUCAGCAUUUACUAGAGGCAGACCAGGAAUAUUUCUGAAGAACAAAUCAGCCUGGACGCAGCUUUUCAGAACAGCUGAGAAACAGACUGCAAUCAUGAGGUUCCCUCCAAUCUGUGGUACCAAGACUCUAUUGGUGAGAAGAGGGGAGCAGAAACUCAGGCUCAGAAACUUAUCCCAAGUCACAGGCAAAUGAAGACAUGAGAACACACUUUGAGAACUUACGUAACUUAUUCAACUAAAUAAGUGAAAUCACCAAGAAUUCCCUGGAGAAAAUCCUCCCGCAGCUGAAAUGCCAUUUCACGUGGAACUUAUUCAAGGAAGAAAGUAUCUCCUAUGAUCUAGAAGACAGAGUGUGUAACCAGAUUGAGUUUUUAAACACUGAGUUCAAAGCUACAAUGUACAACUUGUUGGCCUAUGUAAAACACCUGAAUGGUCAAAAUGAGGCAGCCCUGGAAUGCUUACGGCAAGCUGAGGACUUAAUCCAACAAGAGCAUGCUGCCCAAGCAGAAAUCAGAAGUCUGGUCACCUGGGGAAACUAUGCCUGGGUCUAUUAUCAUAUGGGCAGAGUCUCAAAAGCACAAGAGUAUGUAGACAAGGUGAAACAAGUCUGCAAGAAGUUCUCAAAUCCUUACAGUAUUGAGUGUCCUGAGCUGGAUGGUGAGGAAGGUUGGACGCGGUUAAAGUGUGGAGGAAAGCAAAAUGAGAGGGCUAAGGUGUGUUUUGAGAAGGCUCUGGAAGAGAAACCCAACAACCCAGAAUUAUCCUCUGGAUUGGCAAUCGCAAUGUACCGUCUAGAUGACAAACCACAGAAGCAGUUUCCUGUCAAUCCUCUGAAGCAAGCCAUUGAGCUGAGUCCUGAUAACCAGUAUGUUAAAGUUCUCUUGGCCCUGAAACUACAGAAGAUGAAUGAAGAACCUGAAGGGGAACGGUUGGUUGAAGAGGCCCUGGAGAAAGCUCCUUCCCAAACAGAUGUCCUUCGCAGUGCAGCCAAAUUUUAUAGGAAAAAGGGUGACAUAGACAAAGCUAUCGAACUGUUUCUAAGGGCGUCGGAAUCCCUACCCAACAAUGGCUACCUCUGUCAUCAGAUUGGGUGCUGCUAUAGGGCAAAAAUCAAACAAAUACAGAAUUCAGGAGAAGUUGCAGCUCAUGAGAAGAGAGAGAAGGUUGAAGAACUAAGGGAAUGUGCUGUUCACUAUUUGAAGAAAGCUCUCGAGAAGGGAAUAAAUCUACCAAAUGCAUACUCUGACCUUGCUGGGCUCCUGGCACAAAAAGGUCAAAACAGAGAAGCAGAAGAAUAUUAUCAGAUGGCAUUCAGUAAGGAGCUCACUGAUGCUGAGAGACAACAACUCCAUCAGCGCUAUGGCAACUUUCAGGAGUAUCACAUGAAAUCUGAAAACAUCGCUGUCCAACAUUAUUUACAGGGUUUGCAGAUAAGCAUACAAUCACCAGAAAGGGAAAGGAUGAAACGCCAACUGCAGAGCAUAGCUGAAAAUCAGCUUUCACAAAAUAUACCAAAUUCGUGGUAUCUCCAAGGAUUAAUUCACAAGAUGGAUGGAGAUCUGCUGCAAGCAGCUGAAUGUUAUGAGAAGGAACUGGGCCGCCUGCUAAGGAACACCCCUUCAGGCAUAGGCAGCUUGUUCCUGCCAGAAUCUGAGCUUGAAGAGGGCAGUGAGGAAAUGGCCAGGGCACAUGCGACUCCACUCCCAGAGAGCACAGAGAGGAAGUGGGAUAGGGAAACGGAAAAGAAGAAAGUGACAGGAAGCCUGGAGAGGAGGCCAUGAAGGGGAGAUGGAUGGGAAAGCAGGAGGCCCCAACCUGGGUUUGCUGAGCAGGAUGGUCUUGCUUGUUGCUUCAAGGUACAUUUGUAAAUGGCUGUUUUCUCAUAUUCUGUCUCCCCCAACCACACACAGUUAUCCAGUCAUCAGUUCUUAUAAUGACCAGUAGAAACAGUGCUCCGGAACUACAUGAUGCUGAUUAGUUCACUGUUUUGCCCUCAGUUCACCAGAUAACCCCCAUUUUUGCUCUUCAUGCUAAAGGUCAUAAAUAGUGACUGCCUAAAAAAGAAUCUUCAGUCUUACUCCUUUCAUCCCAUUUCUAUCCAGCCUGGAAGACUCCUUAUGCCUUGCCCUGGCUUUAGACAUAGUAGUUAUAUGUUCUCUUGAUAGUAAUACUACAAAAAAUAUGUAUUCUUGUUAGUAAUGCUACAGUAAAAUUAACAAUUUCAACUCAGAAUACAGGUAA